CGCAUGUCAGUUUUGCAACAGCAUAUGGAAGAGCCCAGCCCAGUGUGUACGAGAAUCGCAUCUUCUGACUGACUGCAUGAAGGGGAAAAUCAAAUUUUUAAAAUAUCCUUAAAGUGGCAGAGUACAACUGCGUCCUACUCGUCUGUUCUUUGUAGCCUGAUACAGUAUUUAACUAACAGGGAUGUCUAAAUCACAAAAACAACAUGAGGAGGAGAUAACACCAACAGAGAACACCAUGAGGACUUUGAUAAGUGUUUACAACAAAUAUGCCAAAAUUGAAGGAGACAGAGAUUUGCUAUCCACAUGUGAGGCGAAAAAACUUAUAGAAAACGAGCUGCCGAUGUUUGCAAAGCUAGGUGACAAACAAGUGGAAAAAAUCUUGCGUAAAUUGGACCAAAACAAAGAUGGGACUAUUGACUUUGAAGAGUUUGUGAGCAUGGUGGCUUGUAUGACGAAAGCAUACAGGAAAUUCUUUGAAUCAGAAGAACAUUGCACUUGAUAAGAUAACAAUGAGGGCAUUCAAAAGCAGCUCUUACAAAAUAUUUCCUAUGUUGGCUGUAGUGGUAGAUCAGUGUCUCUCAUACAGUAGCAAAGUUAGAUAGUGCUGCAUCUAUAAUUCAUGCUGACCAAUAAAAUUUUAUGCAUAACUUG